GUAAGUUUGAAUUUUUAAAUUACACGCAAUCUAACAGCUGCUAAUCGUACUUGUGGCUGCAACAUGCCAUUAAGCCCAACAUUAGCGUCAAUUAAUUGAAAUUGAUACAAAUACUCGUUGAACGAAGUGAAACUGCUGAGCCAACAUGUACGGCUUGCUCUUAGAGAACCUGUCCGAGUACAUCAAGUCCGUGUACGGCGAAGACAAAUGGGAGGACAUUAGACGGCAAGCGGGCAUUGAUGCGCCCUCAUUUAGCGUGCAUCAAGUCUACCCCGAGAACUUGCUAAACAAACUGGCUAAAAAGGCACAAACGGUGCUGGGCGUGUCGGAGCGUGAGUUUAUGGAUCGCUUGGGCGUUUACUUUGUGGGCUUUGUGGGUCAGUAUGGCUACGAUCGUGUGCUGAGCGUGCUGGGCCGGCAUAUGCGUGACUUUCUCAAUGGGCUGGAUAAUCUGCACGAGUAUUUGAAGUUCUCAUAUCCGCGUAUGCGUGCGCCCAGCUUCAUUUGCGAGAAUGAAACCAAGCAGGGCCUGACGCUGCAUUAUCGCUCCAAGCGUCGUGGCUUUGUCUACUACACCAUGGGGCAGAUACGUGAGGUGGCGCGCUACUUUUACCACAAGGAGAUGCACAUUGAGCUGGUGCGUGAGGAGAUACUGUUUGAUACAGUGCAUGUAACUUUUCAGCUGACCUUUGACAAUCGCGCUUUUACACUCGCCUCGCUGGCGAUGACGCGUGAGGAGAAGCAUUUGCCCAUUAGCGCUCAUGUGCUGUUUGAAAUAUUUCCCUUCUGCAUUGUGUUCGGUGCGGACAUGGUGGUGCGUAGCAUUGGCAACUCGUUAAUGGUCAUUUUACCCGAACUGCUGGGCAAGAAGAUUACCGCCUGGUUCGAUUUGGUGCGACCGCUGAUUGCGUUCAAGUUUCAAACUAUACUGAAUCGCACCAACAACAUAUUCGAGCUGGUUACUGUCGAUCCUGUUACGGACCGCUUUGAUGCACAAAAUGAGGAUUUGCUGUUGCAUGACGACGGCAGCGAGCCAGAGAAGUCACUGCGGCUUAAAGGUCAAAUGGUUUACAUGGAAAACUGGCGCAUGAUUAUGUUUCUGGGCACACCUGUUAUGCCCGAUCUGACUUCGUUGAUUACUACUGGGCUGUACAUCAAUGAUCUGUCCAUGCAUGACUUUAGUCGCGAUCUUAUGCUUGCGGGCACGCAGCAGUCCGUAGAACUGAAGUUGGCACUGGAUCAGGAGCAGCAGAAGUCGAAGAAGCUAGAAGAGUCCAUGCGCAAGCUGGACGAGGAAAUGCGUCGCACAGAUGAGCUGCUGUACCAGAUGAUACCCAAGCAAGUGGCGGAUCGUCUACGACGCGGUGAAAAUCCAAUUGAUACCUGCGAGAUGUUUGACAGCGUGUCCAUCUUGUUCUCGGACAUUGUUACCUUUACGGAAAUAUGCAGUCGCAUUACGCCCAUGGAAGUAGUUUCCAUGCUGAAUGCCAUGUACUCUAUAUUUGAUACGCUGACCGAGCGUAAUAGCGUCUAUAAAGUGGAGACCAUUGGUGAUGCCUAUAUGGUUGUAGCUGGCGCACCGGAUAAGGAUGCAAAUCACGCCGAGCGAGUCUGUGAUAUGGCUCUGGAUAUGGUGGAUGCCAUAACCGAUCUAAAGGAUCCCUCCACGGGUCAACAUUUGCGUAUACGCGUGGGCGUGCACUCGGGCGCCGUCGUGGCAGGCAUUGUGGGUCUGAAAAUGCCGCGUUAUUGUUUAUUUGGCGACAGCGUUAAUACCGCCUCUAGAAUGGAGUCCACCAGCAUUGCCAUGAAGGUGCACAUAUCCGAGUCCACCAAGCAGUUGAUCGGUCCUAGCUAUAAAAUACUCGAGCGCGGCGAGAUUGAUGUCAAGGGCAAGGGCACCAUGAAGACCUACUGGUUGGAGGAGCGCCAGAAUCGCUUGCCACUGCAGCUAACCAAUCCCAUGUUGACAGCGGCUACACUAACGCCAGUGUCCAAGGCUCUGCUGCCUGCUUCAGCUAAGCCGCAUACACCACCAGCUUUGGAGCCACCGCCGGCUGCCAUGUCCAGCGUUCCAGCAACAACAACGGAAGAGCGCACUGGUCGCAUUUAUUCGCCUGUUACGUUCAAGGAUGUGGCCAGACGCAGCAUUGCCAACUCACCAGUGCGCAGCGGCGCUGGCAGCAGCUGUUGUCCGGAGCAGGCUAGGCGACGCGAAUCUCGCUCCAACUCCACUGGUCACGUUUUCAUGCGCUCGCCCAGCGACAUCUUUGGCUCGCUUAUACUUGACACGGAGGAGUUUCUGGAUGAUUUGCAACACUCACGUGGCUCGCUGGCCAACAGCAGCGGUAACAAUAAUCGACAGUCGCCCUGUGGCUUGAGUCCAACGCAGCAGUUUCGCAUUGGCAGCGCACCGCCCAAGCCGCGACCCAGCAAUCCGGAUAUGUUUACGCCCGAAGAGCUUGCAGCUAUGGAUCAGCUGACACCGCCCGCAACAGCGCCAGCACGUGAGACGGCCACCAUCAGCAGCGCCGGCUUGAAGGCAGGCGCAUCGAAUGUUUCACUGCAAAGCGAAAAGUCAGCAAAGUUGAACACCACCAUGGAAGCGUCCGAUGCACCACCGCCGCUUGUCGUCGUUGCUUCGACAUCGAAGGCUGCAGCUGCAGCAGAAGCGCAAAGCGCUUGCCUCAGAGCAGCAGCUAAAUUUAAGCAAAUGGGCGUCGGCACUGCGCCCCCAGCGGUUCAGAGCAGCAGCAACGUUGAGAGUCGACCAGCCACCAAGGAUUCCAUGUCGUCCAUAUCGCUCCAUUCGCCGCCACCACAUCGCAGCAGCUCCGCACCCGCCAGACCACACUCCAUGUCGAAGGCUGCACGCAAAGCCUUUCUGGCUGCCAAGCAGACCAAGGCAAUUGAAAAACUGGACAAAAUGAUUGAAGAGGCGCAGGAAGUUGAUUCCCAGACAACAGCCAAAGCCGCCAAUAUGCGUUUGAGUGUGUUUGGUGACGAUGGCGACAUGUCCGGCGCCUGUCCUCUAUUUCUACCCCCACCACCACCUCAAGCACAGGCAACAGGUCGUGCCAUGCCCAGCUCCAUAUCCGAUUCAAGCAUCUGCAAUCAUGGGCAUAGUCAUGCGCCCAGCUGUCAUCAUUCGAUGGUUGCACCCAAGCUGAGCAAUAGUCAGAGUUUCCAGCAUGCACACACACGCAGCUCUGGACCCAUUACACAUCAGUGCUGCAGUGGCUUUGGCCAUGGCAAUGGACGCCACUCGCAUCGCAUGCACUCGAAUGCCUGCAGCUUGCUGUAAGAAGCGUGCCUAAGUGAAUUGGAGAGGUGGAGAUCAGUUGCGGCGUUACCAUGGAUCCUGUGCUUUGUAGUCUAGUCUAUAGUAGGCAAUUAUUAGUUAAUUAGGCGCAUUCCUCAAAUCUAUUUGUAGUUAGUUGUUAACGCUUAAGCGCGUAUCAGAAAAUAUUCCUAGCUAGUUAAAAUCUCAGUGUCUACCGUAUAAAUUGUUGAAAACUAAACACUAACUAGUCCAAGAACCAUAAUCAAAAUCAAAGUUGACGACCUUUUAAAAUGACAAUACCAAAGAGAAAGUUAUUACUGUUAUGAAACAUACCGUUACCACCUAACACUAACACAUAAAUACAAGCAUGCUAUUAUGCUCAAGAAUAUUCUUCUAUCAAUGUGUCUGUCU